ACAUACACUUGAUUCUUUGGCUAAUGAAGAACUCGAUGCACCUCCAGCGACGUCUGAAGACCAAUCGACGCACAUAAAAGAUCUGAAAAGAGACUAUGCAAACUACAGGAAGCCGCAGACCUACAGGAAUGUUUUACCUACUGAAAGAUGGGUAUGUAUAUGUGGAGACUAAGUUAUGAAACCCUUGACAUGAAAUACUUAUGCACCUAUUAUUUUGAGCAUUUGUAUGUUGUUUGAAAUGAGUUACGAUUUAAUAAAACUUAUAGUUUAAAACAUACAUUUUCGGUCAGAAUGGAUGAGUUACGUGAGAAAACCGUUGAACAACAGUUUCGAUGCUGUUAUUAAUAGUCAUUAAUAUGGGCUGUUUUGAUACUGAUACGAAUUUUAUAAGUAUUUAAAAUAGUCUGAAAAUAAAGUAGGUGACCUGCAUACCUGCAUGCUGUGUAUUGAUUUUUAUUAAAAAGAUUUAUUCAAAUGGAAUUAACUAGAAUAAUUAUAAGUAUCACAAAAUUUACUUUAUGACACUCUGUAAUGGUAAAGACAUGUUAGCAAUAUUAUCUGUCUGGUGAGGGACUUGAUGAUGUACCUCUUUCGAUGUCUGGAUAUUAUUUGUCUGAUGAGGGCAUUGAUGAUUUACCUCUAUCGACGUCUGGAGAGUAUUUGUUUGAUGAGGGCCUUGAUGAUGUACCUCUAUCGACGUCUGGAGAUCAAUCUGCACAAAUACAAGAGUUGAAAAAUGAAAUAUGUAGGCUUAACAAAGUCGUUAAACAACAGAAACAAGUUCUUGACACGACGGAAAAUAAUUAUAGAAUUAUGGUCAGGAAACUACAGGAUGAUUUGUCGGCAGCUCUCAAACGGAUUGAGUUACCUACUGAAAGGCGGAAACGUACACGUGAUUCAUUGGCUAAUGAAGAACUCGAUACACCUCCAGCGACGUCUGAAGACCAAUCGACGCAAAUACAAGAUCUGAUAAGAUACAUAUGCACACUUGAGGAAGCCGCUGAAAAACAGAAACUAGCGUUUGACACGACAAAGAAAGAUUAUGAAGGCAUCGUAAAAAAACUUACGGAUGAAUUAACGGCAGCUCUCACAAGGGAACAAUUACAUAAAACACCAGGAGAAAUGAAACAAAAAUGCGAACAAGCUGAACACAUAAUUUCUACAGAGUUUGAUGAGCUCGUAGAGAAAUUGGAAAAAACGCAAAUUAAAGUACAACAACUGGAGAAUUAUAUGAAGGAACAAUUACAUAAAACACCAGUAAAAAUGAAACAAAAGUGCGAACAAGCAGAACACAUAAUUUCUACAGAGUUUGAUGAGCUCGUAGAGAAAUUAGAAAAGGCGGAAACUAAAGUACAACAACUGGAUAAUGAUAUGAAAGUCUGCAACAUACACAGUCAGAAAGAGAAGGAACUAUUGCAAGAAGAGUUAACACGUAAAAAGGAAGAAGUUCGGCAGCUACAUCAAUACACAGAAGUGAUGGAAAACAUACAUGGGAUACUUACGGCCACAAUUCAGAUGCUCAAGCAAGAUUCUCCUAAAACCGACGAUGACAAGGUCUCUCUUAAGAAACUUAUUGAAGAAGAAACCAAAUUGAAGAUUGAAUCUGACAUAAUGAAUGAUCAGCUUCAGAAGUCAGCCACUGUAACUGAUCCACUGAGUGAAACGAACCAAUCGAGACACUUUUAUGAAAGAAUGUCCCGCGGAGACUUCGACGAAGGAAUGUCCAGCGGAAACGUUAACUUUGACGAAGGAAUUUCCAGAGGAAAUUUGAUGCAUACAAAUAUCAGGAGUGCCACCAGUCAUUACCGAGCUGACGCUUUUGAAUCGGACAAUGAUCCUACUUUAAAGAAGAUUUCAACGGAAUUUCCAAGAGUUGCAGAGGCGUUUUCCAAGAAAGACAGAAAAUCGGAAUAUAACAAAACUGAACAAACUGUAGAGAGGGCUACCGGAGAGGAGAACCUUGGACACAGACCAUCAGAUGAUAUAGAAAUGAUAGCCCAGGAAUGUGAAAUAAGCUAAUUUCCAAUUUUCAAUGAAAGCUUGUCGACAACGUCAGGCAUAAUGAGGAUUUCUAAACAGGACCUGAAAGACUAUGAAGAUUUGCUGGAUUUAUCAUUUACCCAAAAUGAUCUCAUUCUAUUCAGAACAAGGAGUUUGAAUUUGCCGUUCGAUUUUGGUCGUUAUAAAAAAUCAUAUACCACCACGUCAAUGUAUGAUGUAGCACAAGAACUUAAGCAGACAAACAAAAUUGGUUUGAUUGUUGUAGAUAGUUCACAAAAGAACAUUGUUGUUGAAGCUUUGAAAACAACUGGCGCCCGCAACGUUGGUGUCCUAUUACUCGGCGAAAGUGACGAAACUCCAGUUCUUCCAUACGUUUAUUUUAGCUGCACGCAGUCCAAUUCGAUCAUUAAUGAUGCUGACCGCUUGUUGGAACGUUGUGCCUUUGGUGUACUAAAACAAGUUUAUUUGGAAAUGAAGUUGCACUUUUCAAGCUCUAUCAGUGCAUUGAAGACAGAAAAAGAGAAACAGUGCCUGCAAAUCAUUUAUGAUAUGAUAAGCGCAUCGUUUAAGCGAAGCGGGGUCACAAUAGAAGAAUUGCCGAGCAUUCCAGAUGAAAUAUUUGACUAUUCGACGAAUUUCGACACGGCUCUAGAAGUUAUUCUCAAGAUCCCUAGCGUUAUUGGAUGCAAGAAAUGUCGCGGAAUACUUCAGAUUUACAUCCACUCAUAUGCCGAUUCGUCUGCCGAAGAUCAUAUAACAAGCAUGCUUGCGAAAUAUGAGAUCGACAAGAUUCAUUUUAAUCGAAGAAUAACGAAACAACUGUGUUGUUCUGGCUCUUCGUUAUUUGGAGGUCAAGGAACUCUUGGGGGGGUUGUUUUAAAACACAAAUCACCAACCGUCUCAGUGAGAGAUCAAGCACUGGUACCCGUCGUAGUACCGGCUGUCUCAAACGAUACUUUAGCAGCUCUUGUUUCAAGACAUGUAGUCCACACAAAUCAAACUCUACUUGUUGACGGUAUGCAGCAACCAAUUGGCCAUAUUGCUCAGAUUAGGUCUGAUGAAGACAUAGACAUUUUGCCAGUAGAUGUUGAUGAUGCUUGUAGAGCUAUGUGCGACACAGCGUUCAGGACAAAGCAUUGUGUGCGAAUGAGUGUUACCAAAUUAUGGAAAAAAGAAAAUAUAGAGGAGUUAAGUGGAGCACCAGUGCACAUUUGGGGCUCAAAAUCAUAACCUGGCCUAGGCAUUCUUUGUGGUCCUAACUUUAGAGAUCGUAAUGGUCUGAAUGUCAUUGUUCGAGACAUCCCUUACGAGGCACCUUUCGCACAAGAGGGGGACAGCGGCGCUAUGGUUUGCUACUAUGAUGCACGUAACGGCGGGAUGCUAUACGCUAUUGCAAUGGUUGUUAAAAUAAUGCGUGAUAUCGACGGUUCAAACCAAGAAUACGUAGCUCAGAUUGUGGACGAUGCUCUUCAAAAACUUUCCAUAUGGAAUGAAUGCGAGUAUGAGUUCGUUGGAUAGAGUAGAGGGUGCCGAUACUACCAAUGCCGGAAUAUGUCAAACACAUUUUUUUACCGUUGCAAGGUGAAACAUUUGUGAAAUCAAAGCUCGAAAUAACAAUUUAAAUGCAAUAUUGAUCAGGAUGGUUCGAGCAAGUACGAAUGUUUGAUAGUAUCUUGUUCUGUAAUAGCAUGUGUACUACUUAUGAAACUGUACCAGGAAGUUAGUUAUUUUUAAAUGUCUUUUGAAUAAUUAAAUUUAAAUGAAAUUUUAUCAAAUGACAUUACAAUUUGAAUUUCGAUUCUAAGCGUGUAUAGAUGUGUAUUAGUGUAUUUUAUUGUGUUGUUUUGUUUUAAACGAUGAUUCAGGUUGUUGAUUUUUCUUUCUGCUAAUCUCACAUUAAUGAUAUUCGAAAUAGUGUACCUGUCAUAUAUGCAUAUUUCGCGUUCAUGCUGUAUUUGUGUAUCUUGAUAAAGUUGACAUGAAAGCAGUGCUUAACGUCUCAACGGAUUGGAUUUAUUUAAACUUACCCAAACUGUUUUUACUUUCUUUGUUGUUUAAAGUUAUAACUUGAAUCGUUCGUCUACAAUAACAUUCAAAUGUGUGCAACUGCGAACUUGUAUAAUUAUAACAUCAAAUUAUAAUAUUUUUUUUCCUGAAACAGUGUCAAUUUUAUUAUGACUAUGUUUUAUCAGAUGUUUGUUAUAUGUGCGUAAACUUACCACAUUAGUUAAUGACGAUGUAUGGAGUUGUAAGCGGGGCAUUUCCUUUUAUUUGAGUGGGUAAUAGACUUUUAAACCUCUCGAAUUUAAUUUUGUUUUUCAUUCUUGACUUUAUUUUAUUUAUAUUUUCUCUCUGAUAGGCGUUUCUUGUUUGAUUUAAUUAUUUUUAUUUUUUUAGCAGUCACAUAAACAACCAAGCUAUGUAAUAUGGAAUUUUUACACCCAUUUUUGCUGCUUCUUCCUGUAUUUGCGCGAUGAUUAUCUGAGAUAUUAACUCCAUGACGCUAUAUUCUCAAAUCUUUUUCUAUAAAGAAGGAAUGUAGUUGACAAUUGUUAAUAGUUUUAUUUGAUCGUUCGUCAAAAAGUUGUAACUCUGUUACUCUUGUAUCUUCAAUGCAAUUGAGUAAUUAAAUAGUAAUUAAAUUGAAUGCGUUUUAAUUCCCUUUUAUUAUUGUUUAAUUUGAGUUACAAUGCUAUGACGUUAAAUUUUAUUUACACUUAAAUGUAUUAUGAAUAUUGGUGGGCCAAGUGUGAGGUUGAGCGCUCUAUAACCAGGUUUAAACCCCCAAUGCUUUGCAUUGACCGUUCCAAGGCGGUGACCCCAACUGUAUUCAUAUUUUGUGUUUAUGUUGGUUUGUAUUGUGCUAAGAACUAAAUCAACAAAAUACGCGAGCCCCGUUUUACUUUGCACAAAUACAAAAAACCAAUAUCUGACCGAUUGUAAUUUUUUUAACUACUUCUAAAAUUAAUUUAACGAAUGGUUAAGUGAUAUAUCGAAACGAAAUAAUUCUUUAAACUCUCUGUUUAGUGUUUUAAUUGUUUUGUUUGAUUUUAAUUUGACAUAUAACCUAUAUAUUUGAAUACACACAUUUUCUAUGCUCGUUUUUUCACACGUAUUAAUUGUUUGUUGUUUUGUGUAAAUUUUGCUUUAUUUAUCAAUAUGUUUAUUUCCUGUAUCAUGCGUUAUAUCAUAGUUAUCAUUUAUAUUCUAGUUUAUGCUGUUAUUAUGUCUAUGCGCACGUUUUUAACAAUACAGUUCUAAAGGAUCUGUAGAAUUGUAGAAGUUCAACUCGCAUCACCAGUGCGCAAUAUUCCAAAUGAAACUGACAAUACAUGGCAUAUUAACAAAACGAACUAGCUUAACAAAAACGUAAUUUUAUUACAUCGGAGUAAGUUAAAAUGUGUGUACAGACUAAUUGUCCACAUUAUCAGUUUUAAUAUCUCAAUUGAAAGUGAGAUAUGUUUAAUGCAUUAAGUGUUAACUUUAUUUUUACUUUUAUAACAUUUGUAUUAAUAACGUACUCCAAACAGGAUUAUAAGCCUUCGAUUAAGGUAUCUUCAUGUCAUCUCUUGACAAUUCAUUACAAUGUGUGUGUUAAUAUCAUCAGAUUACUCACGCUCUUGUCGUAUUUUCUUCUUUUUGAAUAUCUUGGUGGUAGAUGUUAAAACGUUAAUGCUAAGUCCUGUUUGUAAUAGACUACCGAUUAAAAAGGUGUAGUUA